AAGCAGAAAUCUGGUGCUGCUAAGGACUGCCUUUGUUUGUUUACUUUAGCACCUGCCAAGGCUACCUGGAAGGAUGAAUUUCUACAUAGCCCCAGCCCUGUUGACGUGCCGAUGGGCAGAGGAACACCAUGGUUGGACGGUGGGCCUUCUCUCCUAAGAGAACUUCUGGUUCAGACUUAACAUGGGGACGGGGGCCUCCAUUUCCAUCUGCCAGUCAUUGUCAUCUGUAAAAGUGAAGCACGGUGGAAACAAAAUUGGACCGGAGCCUCAAAGAAUCUUUGGUUCUCCCCUUGAUGUAGUCAUCAAGGAUACGACACAACAGUCUCUUCCUUUAGUUGUCCAACACACAGUGGAAUAUUUAGAAGAGUUUGGGCUAAACCACAAAGGCCUCUUUCGGAUCAAUGGAUCAGCAGCCAAAAUCAGGGCGCUUAGAUUAAAGUAUGAUCAAGGCGAAGAAGUUGAUCUUGUUAAGGAAGGAGAUAUCAACUCUGUUGCCGGCCUCCUUAAACUAUUCCUGAAUCAGCUUCCAACUGCUGUUUUCCCGGAGAAACUGUGCACUGAUAUUUGGGCUAUUUUUGAAGAGAAUAAAAACUGCACCACAGAGCAAACAAGAUGUCUAAAAAGCCUAUUCAAUAGACUUCCGGAAGCCCACAGUUGCCUUGCUCGUUUCCUCAUUAGAUUUCUUGCCAAGGUGGCUGCAAACAGUGAUGUGAAUCAGAUGACCCUGGAGAAUCUGGCCAUUGUUUUCGGCCCCACGUUAUUCCGAAUUCCUUGCAGCCCUUUGGCAUAUGAAAAGCAAACCCUUUGCAAUGCCAUGCUCCUGCAUAUGCUUCAGCACCACAAGGAUCUGUUUCUGGAGAGCCCCAACAACCAUUUGUCCCCAAUGGAAGAGCAGUUCCAGAUUUUCCAUCCUGUCUCGCCACCUCAAGAGCUCACACAACCGACAGAGGAAAAUGAACCUCCACCAGGGAUGCCCAGAGCUGUCUGGCGCCUUCCAUCCAUGUGGUGGCAAUGUUGCGUUUUUAAUCUUUCAGCUCACAGUUCUGGGAAAACAGGGUCAGUUUGAGGUAGCGAUUUGCAACGCAUUAAUCCUUUUCUGGGGCAAAUUCGUCAAUUUCCAAGUCAAGCACCCUUCGUUCUGAUUUAUACUACCCGAAAACAGUUGUUUUCAAAUAAUACUGUGCAAGCUCUAUGCAGAGUUCAAACAGACGUUUGGCUAUAAAUAUCUGCUGUUUACAUAAUUUGUGCAUCCUUUGGAGAACCCUUGAUAACAUCUUGAAAACAGAAGACAAACUACCUAAUGUGUCCUUUCCAUUUGAAGUAUUAGAAUAUGGAACAAAUCUAUUUUUGAUGGCCCUAAACAAACAAAUAAAUAACCUACAUUGGUAAUAUUA